AUGAAGAGAUUGUUUGAUAUGCAUAGAUACUACAUCCAAAAAAAUCAAGUUAAAUAUAUUAUUAAUCACCUUAAUAACAUCGAAAAUCAUCAAAUAUAUCUUUUAAUAUCUUUAGCAAUGGAUGCAACUAUGCAGUAUAAUGAUGAUGAUCCUCUAUCAGAUCCAAAGCCAAAUCCAAAUGUAAUCAAGAAAUAUAAUUCAAUCAUGGACUCGAAUUGGGUAUUGAGAUCAUCAUAUCUUGUAUUAUUAAUGCAAGCAGGAUUUAGUUUAUUAGAAUCAGGAAUGGUUAGAGCAAAGAAUACAAAAAAUAUAUUAGUAAAAAAUUUAAUUACAACAGCACUGGGUGCGAUUAUAUUCUUUGGAAUUGGAUAUAGUCUAUCGUUUGACAGUGGAAAGAGUUAUUCCAAUCCACUGAUAGCAUGUUGUAGUUUCUUUAGUUUGGAGGAAGGCGAUUACUAUGUUUGGGUUUCGAAAUGGGCAUUCUCAUCGAUUGCCUGUACUAUUAUCAAUGGAUCGGUCUCUGAACGAACCAAGAUCGUUGCCUAUUUGAUUUUGAAUACGGUGGUGCCUGGAAUCAUAUACCCGCUUGCGGCACAUUGGAUUUGGAACGAAGGUGGCUGGCUCUAUCAACUGGGCGUCGUCGACUAUGGCGGUGGCAUUGCUGUGCACGUACUCGGAGGAACUAUCGGGCUGGUCGGAACGAUGCUACUCGGUCCGCGACUCGGCAAAUUCGAUCCGGAGACGGGCAAGCCGCUGGUGCUGAGCGAGCACAACAUAGUGUUGUCAUCGAUCGGCACGCUCUUCCUGUGGUUCUCGUGGUACGGACAGCACCCGGUGUUGUACGGUAUGGAUUUGAACAAGAGUCGUAUCGCUUCGCGUGGCGCUAUCAAUACUACGCUGUCUGGAUCUAUCAGUAUGGUCACAUCGUUUGUGAUAACAGUGGUAUCGACGAAACGCUACGAUUUGAAGAUAUGUAUAAACGGACUGCUUGCCGGGUUCGUUGCAUCGUCGGCGUCGGCAGGUUUCAUCGAGCCGUACUACAGUAUCAUCGUUGGAGUGGUGUCGUCAUUCAUCUUUAUUGGAUUCUCAAAGUUGUUGUUGCGCUACCAAAUCGACGAUCCCUGCCAGUCGACAUCGGUUCAUUUCGCAUGUGGAAUAUGGGGUGCUGUUUCCUGUGGAUUGUUUAGCGAUUCUUCACUGCUCGAUGAAGUGUACAAGAAUCGUGAGAAUCAUCAAUCUAUAAUCGAAGGUGUAUUUAUACAAUUAAUUGGAGUAUCAGCAACUAUUAUAUGGUGUACGAUAUUGGCAUAUGUAGUUUUUAAGAUUUUAAAGAAAUAUUCAUUGUUGAGAGUUGAUUCCGAUAUUGAAUUAACUGGAUUCGAUAAUGCACAUCAUGGUGGUGCUGCUUAUAAUUAUAGAAGUUAUAAAAAUAAUAGCAAUAGCAAUAGCAAUAGCCAUAGUUAA